GGCGGCGGUUUGUGCUUCCUUGUUUGUGAAGUACAAAUGCUUUCGUUUCAGUAUGAGCUUUCGUUUUCUGUCAGCAAUAAAAGAGAGUUAAGCACGCGUUAUUUGACUAGAACGGUGUUUUUGAUUAAUGUUUCCUUUUGAUAAUAUCAUAUUUAGGAUUUGGUAUCUGGUAAACUUAUUCAGAAGGGUUUUUUUACCUAACGUCAGCGGCAUGAGUUUGACAAAUACACCGAAGUUGGACUCGGACUCUAAUUAUUGCGAGUAUGACUCCACAUGGGAAGACGAUGAAAGUAAAACAGUCCGAAAGGAGAAGAAAACAUAGGGAAAAUGUCGCAGGAACUUAUACGCUGCAAAGGACAUGCAAGAGUUUCGGCAUAGUUCCAAAAACCUUGAUGAUGCUGAUGAACCAGACAAAAAAAAUAUCCACAAUCUGGACUUUUACAUGGGUUGUGCGAGCUCAAAGCCAGAUGGUGUAUAUAUUCAUCAAUUUCACAAAGAAUGGUGGGGGGAUUAUGAAAGGCUGGAAGAUGUUCACUCCUACAUUCAGUGGUUGUUUCCAAUACAAGAGAAAGGAAUGAAUUGGCAAGCACAUGUGCUCACAAAACAAGAAAUCAAGUGUUUCCGUAAGAAAGAAAUUGCAAAGCAGAAUCUGGUGAAAUCAUAUGAGCUCAUGUUGGAUUUCUACGGCAUAUGCUUGGUCAACAAAAGGACAGGAGAUGUGGCACGUGCUGAUAACUGGAAGAAACGCUUUGACAACCUAAACAGAUAUACUCACAACAACCUUCGCAUCACACGCAUCCUGAAGUGUCUGGGGACUCUUGGUUUCGAGCAUUACCAGGAAAAACUGGUCAAGUUUUUUCUCCAUGAAACUCUUGUAAUGAAAACGCUUCCAAACGUGAAAAAAAGCGUACUAGAUUACUUCAUGUUUGCUGUAUUAGACAAAAAGCAGAGGCAAGAUCUAGUUAAGUAUGCUUUUAAGCAUUUUUGGCCCAAAAAUGAGUUUGUGUGGGGCCCCAAGAAGAUUCUUUCAGCUGCAGUGAAUGAACAUGAAAUGACAAAUGAAACUGGGAUUCUUGUAGAGAAGAAAUCUGAAGCAUCUGAGGAAAAUAUAUCUCAAGAAGAAGAAUCCAGUGGAAUGCAAGAAGGGAGAAAGAGGCCUAGCAGUCCCGCCAGUAACACUGCAGAAGAUAGAAGAGGUGGAAUUAGGCAAGAGCCUGUGUCCAACCCCAAGAUGAUGUUAGAUCCUGCAGAGAAUGAAUCUAAAGCAUCUGAGGAAAAUACAACUUUAGAUGGAGAACCUAGAAAGCAAGAAACAGGAGAGAUAUUAAGCAGUAACGCUACAGAAGAUGUUAGAGUGGUCAAUGAGCAAAAAACCCAGUCCAGUCAAAGCGAUUUAACUGGACAACAAAAUGAUCAAGAUAUGAUUCAUGAUCCUACAGCGAUGGAAGACAUACAAGUUAAACAAAGCGAUGCAAAAGACCAAAUGCAGGGAAAUCAGAUACUUGAAUCAGAUGGUGAGCAAACCUCUAAUGAAAGUGAUGAGAUUAGUCAUGACAGGGAAGAAAGCUCAAACAGCGCACAAGGUGAAGAGAAGAAUGGUUAUGUUGAUCAUGUAACAGAAAACCUGGGUUUGAUGGUUUAAAAAAUGCAAAACCUGAAGAAAAAUCUGACAAUAGAAAUGAAGUGAUAAAACUAGUGACAAUGAAACAGUUGUAAAUGCUAAUUUGAAGAUUUUUAUUUUGUUCAUUUAGUAUAAUUAUUUGUGUUUACAUUGAUAGAUCUUUUUUGUGUGAUUGCUUUAUAGCUGAUGACAGGAGAUAAGAAAAAGUAUCAUUGAUUCGCUUUAUAGUGAAUGUUAUGAGUGACUGUGACAGGUAACAGUUUAGGUAUAAAAGUCUAGGUAUAGGUAUAAAGGUAUAAAAGCAUGACACUUUUUGUUAUUGAUUAUUUUGUUAAAGCAAAUAAAUCCUGUCUCACCACACACUAAAGAAGUCUGAUAGCUUGAGAAAUUAAAGAAAGUGAGUUUUGCUACUCUGAUGAAUUAUUUUACUGAGAUUACAGAACAUUGUUAUAUUAGUGUUUUGUUUGCGUUGAAGUGUGAGAUUUUGAAAGAUAAAUAUUGAAUUGCUUAUUUAGAAAAUUGAAAACAAAAUGUUGUUGUACUGUUUUCACUGCUGAAGCUAAUAAAAUGUUAUCAUCCCACUAACAAA